AAGUAUUCAGAAGGUUAUCUUUUCACUUCUCAAUCACUUUGUUAUCUAUUUCCAUUUUUCUAUUCUUCUCCAACAAAUUGUGGUAUCAGAGCACUAGGUUCGAUUGGUGUUCUUGUGAAGUUGAGACCAUUGCUGAAGCGAAGGGAUCUCAGAAGCUAUAGCUGUUUUCAUCAUGGCUAGCAAUUCAAAUUCAUUGAAUUUGUCCCAAUCCUUAGUGCCCAUAUUCAAUGGAGAAAACUAUGUUUUUUGGAGUAUUAAAAUGAAGACUUUUUUUGUCUCGCAAGAUUUGUGGGAUCUUGUGGAGAAUGAGUUUGCUAAAAUCGAGAAGUCACCAGUAGCAGAGGUGAAAGAUCUUUGGAAGAAGGACGCAAAGGCAUUGCUUAUAUUACAGCAAGCAGUAAUUGACUCAAUCUUUCCUCGGAUUGCAAAUGCCACAAAGUCAAAGGAAGCUUGGACCAUUCUGAAUCAAGAGUUUUAUGGAGAUGACAAGGUAACAAUUGUGAAACUUCAAACUCUACGUAAAGAAUUUGAAAACUUAUGCAUGAAAGGAAGUGAGUCAGUUCAAGAUUUCAUUAGCAGAGUGUCUGUCAUUAUUAAUCAAUUGAAAACUUAUGGUGAUCAAGUUGAUGAUCGUAAGGUUGUUGAGAAGGUUUUGAGGUGUCUACCACCUAAGUUCGAUCAUGUUGUAGCUGCUAUUGAAGAGUCAAAGGAUUUCUCUGUUUAUUCUCUUAAUCAAUUGAUGGGCUCACUUUUAGCACGUGAAGAGAGAAUGAACAGGUUUGCGAAGAAGAACAUGGAGCAAGCCUUUCAAACAAAGGGGGGAUCAAGCUCAACUCGUCAGAAGUACGAGAAUGGAGAAAGAGGCAACCAGAAGCAGUGCCAUUUUUGCAAGAAACAUGGGCACAUCGAGGCAAAUUAUUGGGAGAAGGCAAAGCAACAAGCAAACUUUGUUGAAGAAAAAGAAGUUGAAGAGAACUUGUUCCUCACUUGUUUAAUUCCAAAUGGCAGCAAUUCUGACUUGUGGUUUCUUGAUAGUGGAUGUAGUAAUCAUAUGACAGGUUGUGCUUAUGGGAAGCAGCACAGAAAUGCAUUUCCAGUUGGGAAAGCAUGGAGAGCAAAGGAGCCUUUGGAAACAGUUGUGGAGAUGGCAAGGAGCAUGUUGAAUGAGAAGAAACUUCCACAAACCUUCUGGGCUGAAGUAGUUGCUACUACUAUUCAUAUUCUCAACAUUUCUCCAACAAAGGCAGUGCGAAAUAUGACUCCAUAUGAAGCAUGGUGGAAACGGAAGCCCAAUAACCUGAUUAUUCAUAGAGAUGUUGUUUUUGAUGAGAACAAUGCAUGGGAGUGGAAUGAAGGAAAGAUUCAGCACUUGUUAUAUGAAGAAAGUGAAUCCAAUGAGCCACAAGCAGAGGAGACGGAAGUUGGCCAGCAAUCUUCUCCUACGCUAAGUUCUCCAACAAUGUCACCACAAUUUGCUCUGACUCCUCAACCUCAAAGGAUGUUCACUAUAAGCAUGUUUGGUGCUAUUCUUAGGAAGGAAAAACCUUGGAAGCAAGUUUAUGAUCCAGAUACUUAUGCACUUCUGGUGGCAGAACCUACUUGCUAUGAUGAGGCAUAUGGAAAACAGGAAUGGGAAAAAUCCAUGAAAGAGGAGAUAGAUUCGAUUGAGAAGAACAACACUUGGGAGCUUGUAGAUAAACCAAAAGGGAAGACUCCAAUUGGUGUGAAGUGGGUCUAUCGAGUGAAGUAUAAAGCAGAUGGGAGUGUGCAAAAAUACAAGGCAAGACUUGUGGCCAAAGGCUAUGUGCAGAAACAUGGUAUUGAUUUCCUUGAAACUUUUUUUCCUGUUGCUAGAUUUGAGACUAUUAGAUUGGUGAUAGCAUUAGCAGCUCAAAUGAAAUGGAAGAUUUUUUUGUUUGAUGUUAAAUCUGCUUUCUUGAAUGGUUGGUUGGAAGAAGAUGUCUAUGUUGAGCAGCUUGAAGGAUUCAUUGUUCAAGCCAAAGAAGAAAAGGUGUACAAGCUCAAGAAAGCUUUUUACGGACUCAAGCAAGCGCCGCAAGCCUGGUAUGGUAGCCUUGAUUCAUACUUGCAUGAUAAUGAUUUUCAUCGCAAUGAAAAUGAGCCCACUUUGUAUGUGAAGGUGAAAGGAGGUGAUAUUCUCAUUAUUUGUGUUUAUGUGGAUGACAUUAUUUACACUAGUUCUUCUAACAUUCUUAUUGAAGAAUUUAAGAAGAAUAUGUCUGCUGAAUUUGACAUGUCUGAUUUGGGGUUGCUACAUUAUUUUCUUGGGUUACAAAUUUACCAAACUGAUUAUGUGCCAUGGAUUAUUUCUGGAGACUUUAAUACAACUCUAAAUUAUGGUGAAAGGGUGAAGCCUAGUGGAGUUGUUUGGGGAGAUACCUCUGAGCUCAAGGAUUUUGUCAGUAGAAUGGAGGUUUUUGACUUGCAAUUUUCAGGUGCUUUCUUCACUUGGAGUAAUAAGCAAGGGGAAAAUGACAGGCUGUGGUGUAAGCUGGACAGGGUAAUGGCUAAUUCAUCAUGGGUUAGUGCAUUUCCAAAUACUUCUGUUGUCUUUCUAAACCCACAAUCCUCAGAUCACUCACCCUCUUUAGUGACUGUGGAUGCAUUGAUGAACGAGAAACCAAGGCCAUUUAGAUUUUGCAAUGCAUGGUCUAAGGAUGAAAACUUCCUUGAUUUGGUUAGGGAAGCUUGGAGUGUGGAUGUUCAGGGCUGCCCUAUUUUUGCUAAAGAAGUGUGGAGGCUAGUCUUGAACUUCUUGAAUAUUCACAGACAACCAAAAAGGUGGAGUGUUGAAUGGCUAUGGUUAAAGAAGGUAUGUAAAGGCCGAUCGACGCAGUCAAACAAGUUGAAGGCUGCCGUAGCUGCCACUAUAUAUAUGAUUUGGCAGGAAAGAAAUAGGAGAGUAACUCUUAUAGAUGAUGGAACUCCAAGAGCUAAUGAGAAGUAUUUUAGAAGUAUGGUUGGUGGAUUAAUGUAUUUGACUCACACUAGACCUGAUAUCAUGUUCUCAGUUAGCUUGGUUUCAAGGUUCAUGCAUAAUCCCUUCGUGCAUCAUCUUGGAACAGCAAAACGAAUUCUUUGUUACAUCCGAGCAACAAGCAACUUUGGAAUUUGGUACAAGCCAAUGCCUAACUUUAAAUUGCUUGGUUUUACUAAUAGUGAUUGGGCAGGUUCUGUAGAUGACAGAAAAAGCACAAGCGGAUAUAUAUUUAAUCUUGGCUCGGGUGUUGUGUCUUGGAGCUCAAAAAAGCAAGAAUGCACUGCAUUACCUUCCUCUGAAGCAGAAUAUGUUGCUGCUACAUCAACUGCUUGUCAAGCAAUUUGGAUGCGAAGGAUUAUGAAAGAUUUGCAGCAAGUUCAAGAGAAGGCAACAAAGAUCUUCUGUGACAACAAAGCAACAAUUUUAAUGACCAAGAAUCCAAUGUUUCAUGGAAGAACAAAACAUAUUGAGCUGCGUCAUCACUUUAUCCAAGGUGCUGUUGCAGAUGGAUUAAUUGCUUUGGAGUAUUGUUCAACAAGUGAUCAAGUUGUUGAUGGAUUUACUAAAGGAUUUUGUUUUAGUAAAUUCAUGAAGUUCCAUAGCUCACUUGGAGUUGCAGAGUUUGCAUCAAGGGGGGAUGUUGAAAACUGAUGCAAAAGUGGAUAUUGUCUUUAUCUAAUUUGUUAUUUAGUUUGAAUAAGUCUUCCUAAUUUUUUUCCAGAGAGUGGAGUAAUUGCUAUUUUUUAGGAUUAUUUGUUGAGUUAGUUUAGCCCAUAAUUUCAGUUGGAGUACAGUACGUGAGUAUCAUGUUACAAUCCCACUACUUAGAUUUCUAGUAUAUAUUUGUAUGUUUUUUUCAAUAAAUUUAAGUAUUCAGA